GCAGGCUGCAGGGGACAGGGGACUCUGAGGGUCAGUGGUCAGAGUAGGUGGGGAGUCUCAGAGGAAGGAGCCCUUGGGAGCAGGACCCCCCACACGCCAUGGCAAGCGUGGUGGUGAAGACCAUCUGGCAGUCCAAAGAAAUCCAUGAGGCCGGAGACCCCCGUGCAGGGGUCGAGAACCGCUCCCAGCUCGUCCCCGAGGCUCCAGGGGGGGUGACCAUCCCAGCCAAGGGGAUCACGAAGAAAAAGAAGGCUGUGUCGUUCCACGGGGUGGAGCCCCGGACGUCCCAUGAGCCGAUGCACUGGUGCCUGAACCUCAAACGGUCCUCGGCCUGCACCAAUGUGUCACUGCUCAACCUGGCCGCCGUGGAGCCCACCGACUCCUCGGGGACUGACUCGACCACAGAAGAUAACAGUGGCCAACUUGCACUGCCCGGGCCUCCUGCCUCCCCAACCCAACCCUGGCAACCAGAUGACCCAGACAUCACAGAAAUACUGAGUGGAGUCAACAGUGGAUUGGUCCGUGCCAAAGACUCCAUCACCAGCUUGAAGGAAAAGACCACCCGGGUGAACCAGCACGUGCAGACCCUGCAGAGUGAGUGUUCCGUACUGAGCGAAAAUCUAGAGAGAAGGCGGCAAGAGGCCGAAGAAUUGGAGGGGUACUGCAGUCAGCUCAAGGAGAACUGCCGGAAGGUGACCCGGUCGGUGGAAGAUGCUGAAAUCAAAACCAACGUCUUGAAGCAGAACUCUGCCCUGCUGGAGGAGAAGCUGCGCUACCUCCAGCAGCAACUGCAGGAUGAGACGCCGCGGAGGCAGGAGGCCGAGCUGCAGGAGCUGGAGCAGAAGCUGGAGGCUGGCCUCUCCCGGCACGGCCUGGGCCCAGCCACCCCGACCCAGAGCUGCUCGGGCCCGCCAGGGAGCCCCGAGGAGCCCUCGCGGCCGCGCACCCUGGCCCCCGGCGGCUGGGGACUGGGACCCCGGGCAGGAGAGGGCCCCUACGGGAGCGAGCAGGAGUUGCAGAAGGUGUCGGCGGGCCUAGAAGAGCUCAGGAGAGAGGUGUCCUCGCUGACCGCCCGGUGGCAUCAAGAGGAGGGGGCAGUGCAGGAGGCCCUGCGGCUGCUCGGGGGCCUGGGCGGCAGGCUCGACGGCUUCCUGGGCCAGUGGGAGCGGGCGCAGCGCGAGCAGGCGCAGACGGCGCGGGGCCUGCAGGAGCUGCGAGGUCGGGCGGACGAGCUGUGCACCAUGGUGGAGCGGUCAACAGUGUCUGUGGCUUCACUGAGGAGCGAACUGGAGGGGCUGGGCCCAGUGAAACCGAUUUUGGAGGAGCUAGGGCGGCAAUUUCAGAACUCUCGAAGGGGGCCAGACCUCUCCAUGAACCUGGAUCGGUCCUCCCAAGGCUCCUGUACCCGCUGUGCUAGCCAGGGACAGCAGUUGUCCACGGAAUCCCUGCAGCAGCUGCUGGAGCGAGCACUGACCCCGCUAGUGGACGAGGUGAAGCAGAGGGGCCUGCCUCCUGCCUGCCCCAGCUGCCAGAGGCUACACAAGAAGAUUCUGCCCAGUCCAGCAAGCCCAGCCGCGCCUACACUCCUCUCCCCAGGAGCUGGAGCGCCAGGCCUUGGCCAAACAUGUCAGGGCAGAGGCCCUGAGCUCCACCCUUCGGCUGGCCCAAGACGAGGCCCUGCGGGCCAAGAACCUGCUGCUGACGGACAAGAUGAAGCCGGAGUGAGGAAGGAGGCUGAGGGCGUGGGAGGAGGGGAGAAGGUGGCCGCUCUGGACUAUCUACACCUGAAGAUGUGCUCCCUCCACGACCAACUCAGCAACCUGCCUCUUGAGGGGUCCACGGGGACAAUGGGGGGAGGUAGCAGUGGGGGAACUCCCCCAAAACGGGGGGGCCCAGGCCCUGAACAAUAAAUGGCCCCUCAUGCUGGCAUGAA